AUGCAUGAUUUUAUCAUCACUGAAGAUUCAGAGCUUUGGGAUGUCAUCUGUGAUGGACCAUUCGUCCCUAUGAAGACUAUUGCCCAGACAACAGUCACAGUCCGUAAGACAAGGAAGGAGUAUAAUGAUGCCGAUCGUAAAGCCAUUGAGAAAAACUUUCGAGCAAAGAAGAUAUUCAUCUGUGGUAUUGGACCAGACGAGUACAACCGAAUCUCUGCUUGUCAAUCUGCAAAGGAGAUCUGGGAGGCUCUCCAAACUGCACAUGAAGGUACCACUCAAGUCAAGCACUCAGAAAUCGACAUGCUCACUACUGAGUAUGAACUCUUCAAGAUGAAGGAGGAUGAGAAAUUCAAGAGAAGAGAUGCUGCUGAUAAUGUUCUCAAAAAAGCUCUUGCUGCAUGGGGAGAUUCCUCUAGUGAAUCUGAGGAUGAUGAUGAACAAGGUGACACGUCCAUGAUGGCCGCUGAAAGCGAAGCAGCAGAAUAUGACUCCACAUUUGCCUUGAUGGCAAAAUCUGAUGAGGAUGAAGAUGAUGAUGAUGAUGACAAUGAGGUAAACUUUCUAGAUGUUCAAAUAAAUUUGAAGUCUUAUUCUCAAAAGAAGUUGUUAUCUUUAACUAAUGUCUUAAUUGAUGCUUAUCACAAUCUCAUUAAUGAUAAAAAUGCUUUAACUGAGGAAAUAGGAGAAAUAGAACAUGAGAGAGAUGAUUUACUGGUCGUGGUUCUUGAUUUGAAAGAAACAAUGGAGGAGUUAAAGAAAGAAAAAUAUGUUCUAACUAAGAGAAUUGGAGAUAUAGAACAUGAGAGAGAUGACUUGCUGACAGCAGUGAAAGAAAGCAGCCAAAGAUGGUACAUGGAUAGUGGAUGCUCUAAACAUAUGACUGAAAGUACUGAUGAUUUCCUUUCACUCAAAUCCCUGCAGGGUGGGAGUGUGUCCUUUGGAAAUGGCAAAAAGGGAUACAUUCUGGGAAUUGGAAAAGUUGGGAAGAUACUCACUUAUUCUAUUGAAAAUGCGUAUUAUGUGAAUGCCUUGAAAUACAACUUUCUGAACUUUGAGUCUCUGAACAGUGGCGAUCUUAUAUGUUUGAGUGUUGUUGGUGUUGAUGCUGAACUGUGGCACAGAAGAUUGGGACAUGCAAGCUUCUCUCUGUUGAACAAGAUAAUCAAAAAGGACUUGAUUCGUGGGCUGCCGAAGUCAAAGUUUAAAGAUUACAAGGUAUGUGAUGCAUGUGUGAAAGAGAAGCAAGCCAGGUCCUCAUUCAAGCCAAAGAAGGAAGAUGAAACCUUUCCAGUCUUUGCUGCAUUUGUGAAGCAGAUUCAAGUGAAAAUGAGCCAUAAUGUUGUGAGCAUAAGAUCUGAUCAUGGUACCGAGUUUGACAAUGCAAAAUUUGAUGAAUUCUAUGCUGAAAAUGGUAUAAGUCAUAAUUUUUUGACUCCCAAAACACCCCAAAAAAAUCGUGUUGUGGAGAGGAAAAUUAGGACUCUUGAAGAUAUAGUAAUUGACAGUGGCAUACCAAAGAGCUUUUAG